AUGAUGCGGGAGAAGGGAAUACGAGGUUUUUUCAUCGGGAUGUCGCCAACGCUGGCAAGAGAGAUGCCGGGUUAUUUCUGUUUCUUUGGUGCUUACGAAGCUUCACGUUACAUGCUAGCCAAAGAGGGUCAGCAUAAGGAUGAUAUAGGCCUGCUGAAAACAGCUGCGUCUGGUGCCAUUGGUGGUAUGACGCUGUGGGCAGCAGUAUUCCCAUUCGACUCUAUCAAAUCCCGAAUGCAGUUGUACUAUUUUGCAACCGCAACCAGCGGCAGAUCGGCCGCGACGCCUACGAGUCGUAGUAUGGACUCGGAAACCUAG